GAAGACGGAAACGGGAAGCCCUAGAUAAGAGAAACCCUAUCGAUUAUCGAAUCAUUUGGAGUCUUUACUGGCGGGUGACUCUGCCGAUCACAAAAUGAGUCGAGCGGCAGCAACUGGAGCCAAGGGCAAGAAGAAGUCGAUCAGCUUCGUGAUCGACUGCUCGAAGCCUGUCGAAGAUAAGAUUAUGGACGUCGCCUCGCUCGAGAAGUUUCUUCAGGAGAGGAUAAAAGUAGGUGGCAAGGCUGGUGCCCUCGGCGAUUCUGUCACCGUCACUCGUGACAAGAGCAAGAUCACCGUUACUUCCGACAGCAGUUUCUCUAAACGGUAUUUGAAAUAUUUGACAAAGAAGUACCUGAAGAAGAAUAAUGUGAGGGAUUGGCUUCGCGUGAUUGCCUCCAACAAGGACCGGAAUGUCUAUGAGUUAAGAUACUUCAACAUCGCCGAGAACGAGGGAGAGGAGGAAGACUAGAAGUCUUACUGUGUCACAAGGCAUUAAGGCACUGUCAAAGUAGUCUCAAUUAUUGUGGAGUUUUCUUGGUCUUUGUUUAUUAUAUUAGCUUUUACUCGUUGAUUAAUAUUCUUGUGUUUCUUUUUAGUUAAACAUUUUCUGUGCGCGUAAAGUUUUAUAUCGUAGUGAUCAUUGAUCGUGGAGCCUAUAUCUUGGCGAUUAAAAAAAAAAAAACAAUUCUAUUAGUGCGUGUUUGUUUCGAUUGGAUGUGCGUGUAAGGAUGCAUUUUGCUUAUAUUUAGUUGGUUGGACGUAGUAA